AGCGGCCGGGUGGGAGCGAACGGACCCACCGACGGGGUUUGUACGGAGGUACCCACCGACCGGUAGCGGUUACCGGUACGGCGACCGGUUUUGCAGCCCGGUUGCGGUGAGGACGAUGGCCAGCCCGGAGGACGACCUCAUCGGCAUCCCCUUCCCCGAGCACAGCAGCGAGUUGCUGAGCUGCCUGAAUGAGCAGCGGCAGCUGGGCCUGCUCUGCGACGUCACCAUCAAGACGCAGGGGCUGGAGUACCGCACCCACCGCGCCGUCCUGGCCGCCUCCAGCCUCUACUUCAAGAAGCUCUUUGCCGGGCCGGGGCCGGGGCAGGAGGUCUGCGAGCUGGACUUCGUGGGGCCGGAGGCGCUGGGCGCGCUGCUGGAGUUCGCCUACACGGCCACGCUCACCAUCAGCAGCGCCAACAUGGGCGAGGUGCUGCGCGCCGCCCGGCUGCUGGAGAUCCCCUGCGUGAUCGCUGCCUGCGUGGAGAUCCUGCAGGGCAGCGGGAUGGAGGCGCCCGGCCCCGACGACGGCGACUGCGAGCGCGCCCGCCGCUACCUGGAGGCUUUUGCCACCCUCCCCGAGGGCGAGGCGCCCGCCCCGCCGCCCCCCCCGCCCCACCGCCCGCCGCACAAGAAGACCCGCAAGUUCCUGCAAGCCCGCGGCGCGCGGCUCAACAACCACGCCGAGGAGCCGCCCGCCGAGGCCAAGGGCUGUGGCAGCCCCCCACCACCCCCCCGGCCUCCCUCGCCCCCGCUGCCCGAGGGGCUGCCCCUGCCCUACGAGAGCUUCGAGCUCCCCGAGGAGGAGGAGCUGCCCCCGCACCCCUUCCCCUUCCCCUACCAGCCCCCCCUGUCCCCCGAGGAGGCCGCCUCCGACGAGGACACCAUCGACCCCGACCUGAUGGCGUACCUGAGCUCGCUGCACCACGAGUCGCUGGCGCCCGGGCUGGAUACACCUGACAAGCUGGUGCGCAAACGCCGCUCGCAGAUGCCCCAGGAGUGUCCCGUCUGCCACAAGGUCAUCCACGGCGCCGGCAAGCUGCCCCGCCACAUGCGCACGCACACGGGCGAGAAGCCCUUUGCCUGCCAGGUCUGCGGGGUCCGCUUCACACGGAAUGACAAGCUGAAGAUCCACAUGCGCAAGCACACGGGCGAGCGGCCCUACUCCUGCCAGCGCUGCAGCGCCCGCUUCCUGCACAGCUACGACCUGAAGAACCACAUGCACCUGCACACGGGCGCCCGGCCCUACGAGUGCUACCUCUGCCACAAGGCCUUCGCCAAGGACGACCACCUCCAGCGGCACCUCAAGGGCCAGAACUGCCUGGAGGUGCGGACCCGCCGCCGCCGCCGUGACGAGCCGCCCCCGCCGCCUGCCGGCCCCCCCGGCCUCGACCUCUCCAACGGGCGGCUGGAGGGUCUGCGCCUUUCCAUCGCCCGUUACUGGGAUCCGGGACAGCCCAAGGAGGAGGAAGAGGAGCCAGAGGGCGAGGAAGGGCCGCAGCCAGACGACGCCGUACCGGUGGAGACGGCGUAGGGCCGCUGCGACCGCGGGUGCCAUGCCGAGCCGUGCCGUGCCCACCGGGGUUUCUGUUCCCGUUUUUCCCGUCACGGUUCGUUCCCAGUUAUGCAAAGGGGGAAACUCCCCCCUGGCCGAUUUGCACAAUGGGGUGGGGGGGUCCCCGCCACCCCCCGCCGUGCCCGGGUCCCUCCCGUUGUGCCCGGGCGGCGGAGCCCCGGCGGGGGCUGGGGGGAAGCUGGACCGCGGUGUCUCCCAACACCCCCCCCCCCCCCGUGGAUGCUCCCCCAUCCCAGCGGGGCCGGGACCGCGCGGGGGCGCCCACGGACGAGCCCCCCCCCCCCCCCGCCCCCCCCCGCCAACCGGGGCGGGGCAGGCAGCGCGCCCCCUAGCGGCCCCGCCCGCGCUCUGC